AUGUCGGGCGUGACGUCAGCUCGGAUCAGGACCACGUGUGAGGACAUCGACAUGUCGGGCAUGGCGUCAGCUGGGAUCGGGGCCACGUGUGAGGACAUCGACAUGUCGGGCAUGGCGUCAGCCGGGAUCGGGACCACGUGUGAGGACAUCGACAUGUCGGGCAUGGCGUCAGCCGGGAUCGGGACCACGUGUGAGGACAUCGACAUGUCGGGCAUGGCGUCAGCUGGGAUCGGGACCACGUGGGAGGACAUCGACAUGUCGGGUGUGACAUCAGCUGGAAUUGGGACCACGUGGGAGGACGCCGACAUGUCGGGUGUGACAUCAGCUGGGAUCGGGACCACGUGGGAGGACAUCGACAUGUCGGGCAUGGCGUCAGCUGGGAUCGGGGCCACGUGUGAGGACAUCGACAUGUCGGGCGUGACAUCAGCCGGGAUCGGGACCACGUGUGAGGACAUCGACAUGUCGGGCAUGGCGUCAGCUGGGAUCGGGACCACGUGGGAGGACAUCGACAUGUCGGGCGUGACAUCAGCUGGGAUUGGGACCACGUGGGAGGACGUCGACAUGUCGGGCGUGACAUCAGCGGGCACGCCGUCACUCUGCAGCUUGGGUUGA